ACGUCGGCGGAGAAUUGCCGAGCGUGUUAUUACUAUUCCGACUACGCUCGGAGGCUUUGGUUUGAGUUUUGCUUAUGUUGCCACGAGAGAAUUUGACCCAACACCAAUAUUUGGACAAGAACCUAUUCUCAUAUAUGGUAUUGGCACUUUAGUAUGUGGUUUGUCAGGGUUAUUAAUUGGCCCGAUCCUUGGAAGUUCUCUUUGGAGAUUAUUUCAUCAAGAAGAAGUAAAAUUAAUGGAACGGCGGGAUCGUGAAUUUUAUGAACAUAUAAAAAGGAAUAGGGCAGAUCCAUCAUUACACUCACUUCGCAAUCCAGCUCCCGAUUAUUAUGGUGAGAAGAUUAAAUCUGUGGCAGAUUAUCGCAAGUGGUUAAGGAAACAACGGGAAAUA